GGAGGACUGAGUUCAUCCUUUCGGCUACUAUAAUAGCCAGUGGCCCGUGGUUGUCUCUGUUAAGUUCACGGUCGCCGGAACGGGUGUAGAAAGGGUCCUGCAGCGAGACCAGCGACAGUAUGCAACUUGAGCAGUGCGUCAAGAAGCAUUGCAAAGCCGAUAAACAAGGCAUCGACAAGCAUCGACUUAGCAGCAUGGAUAUGAUUCCCAUAUUCCAUGAUAUUCAAAGGCGUGAAAAGCAUGUGUUAUUGCACAAGCGUGCAGUCAUUGAGAGACCAAGGGGCGGGAAUGAAGGCUUUGCACAGCAAGCCGAGCUCGAUAAGCUGGGGAUCUGCACUGUGACAGCCACAGAGGUGCUGACUGUCAAGCCCCGAAAGGAUCUCAAUCGUACAUGGAAUGAAAACAUGACAGCCAAACACGUGAAACAUGGCAACCACGAGCGUGGGAAAAAGGCGGAAACACGAUCGACUACUCCCCGCCAACGCAGCCAUGGUGAAGGAUCCCGGACAAUUGUGCACCUUUCACAGCGAACAAUUGUUACUGACCAGGAAAAACUAUUGGCGCUUUCGAGAGCGUUGAGCGCUGUUCACAGCUCGGGGACUCUCACCGAUCGCACGCAUCUAGGGGCCUAUGCGGCAUUCUCAAAGCGCAAGCGGGAUUUAGUUGUUAAGAAUACCCUGUUUCAUGAGUCUGGGUGGAAAAUAAGGCCUGAUCAGGUCAGAGUGCACGCCGAUUCUUUCCUGACGGAGAAGCUGCCACUUCUCCUUAGCGGAAAAUUGCUUGUACGUUUUUCUGAAGAAGCCAACGGGCUUCGACGAUGAAUUGAUGCACCAACAAAGUGAACCACAGAACGACAAGCCAAGUUUCCAGUAUUGGAAACCAUCAUGGGAACAACACAGGAAUAUCUUCGAAUGGGGGAUGGGAACAGCUCCUUUUCCUGUAUUAGCAAUUGCCAUGCCACUGGUGCUUGAGAGUGCCAUUUAUGCACAACAGGCUGUGAGAUCCCAUAGGAGCCUAUUGGCGAUGAAUUACGCCACUGUUGUCGCCUAA